ACGACGUUUCUGCUGAUUCAAAUUUGGAAAAGUGAUACCUGAAACUUGUCCGACUUGGUUCGUCUUAGGCAGACGAGCCCAAAACGGCCUUAUCAUGUCAAUUCCGAUUGAUCACUGUAAUCCAUCCACGUCCUCAAUCCCGACUACCACGACCUCGAGGUCUAAUUUAAUGCCGGAAAUACACUAUGCUGCUGCCGAAGCUAACGCGCGUCAACAUCCAGCAUACCAGCAAUAUGGAUACGCGCAACCACCACCACACCAGAACCUUAUGCAAAAUUUACAAGUUCAGCACCGACUACCACCAGCAAGUAAUGCGACAAUGUAUGGGGCACUGCCGCCUAAUUACUACCCGGCCCAACAUCCUCUUCGACCAACCCCUGUUUACCCAGGAUACCCACCGUAUCACAUGAUGUAUCCUACGACUUACCCUCAAGAGACCUACAGAGGUAGUGGACCUUCGUUGAUUCCUCCGUUGGAAGACCACCAGCUGUCCCAGUUUCAUCAGCCCACCGCCGACUAUUCGGAGCAAGAGUUGCAACACCAGAGGUAUGAAAAUCUGAGAGCUGGUUUUAGUGAGACGUCCGAGCAAACGACGGCGUUAGAUUUGUCGGCUCGACACAGGGAGGUCACUUUAGGUAAGUAG